GGCCUCGGCGCUUUCCGCCGGAGCGGGGCCAACCCCGCAGCCCGGCCGCGCCCGCACCGCCAUGCACUGAGGGCCCCGGGCCCGGCCCGGCCCUUCGGAGUGGCCCCCCCCGCAGGUGACGCUUCCCACCAUGUCCCUCUGGAGCAUCGUCUCCCAGAUGGCGCCGGAGGAGUUCGGCGGAAUCUUCGCGGAGUUCCCCCGCAGUCUGCGCUGCGUCCUGGGCGAGUGGCUGGAGAACCAGCCCUGGGAGUUCAUCCACGGCCCCGACACCUUCUGGACCAGUGUGGCACAGGGGCUGGUCUCAGCGAUGCUGGAGAGGCUGCGCAGUGCUGGCGGUGAUGGACAGCAGUGCCACAUUCUGCAGCAAAUCAGCAGCAUUGAGGGCGCAUACCGGCACGACCCGAUGCGCUUGGUGGCCGUCCUGAGGGCCAUCCUGGAAGGCGAGAAGGCCGCCGUGCUGCGGAGGGACCACCACCUGCCCCUCAGCUUCCACCGGCGCCAGGAGGAGCUCAAAUUCAGUCUGGGGCUGCGGCGGCUGCAGCAUCGCGUGCGGGAGGUGCAGGCAGUGCGGGAGCAUGGGGCAGCGCUGGGGGACGGCCCUGCAGCCUCGAACGCGCGGGACCCACAGCUGAAAUCGGAAGGGAAAGCACCGGAGAAUGAGCUGCCCGCGCUCCUCCUGGAGGCCACCAAGGAGCUGGAGGCGGUCAGGCAGCAGGUGCUGAAGCGCAUCCAGAUCUGGAAGCGGCAGCAGCAGCUGGCGGGGAACGGCGCGCCCUUCGAGGAGAACCUCGCGCCGCUGCAGAAACGGUGUGAAGGUUUGGUGGAGGUUCACUUCCAGCUGCAUCAACAGGUGAUGGCGGCGGGCGCAGAGCUGGGGGCAGAGCUGCUGUCCCAACUGCUGGAGAGGCUCAACGAGGUCCUGUCCAGCCUGGUUCGGAGCUCCUUCCUGGUGGAGAAGCAGCCCCCCCAGGUGCUGAAGACGCAGACCAAGUUCCCGGCGAGCGUCCGCUUCCUGCUGGGCCCACAGCUGCUGCAGGCAUCCCCCAAGCCCUGCAUGGUGCGUGCCGAUAUGGUGACGGAGAAGCAGGCACGGGAGUUGGCACACAGUGCUUACAGCAGCACCCUGAGUGAGAGCACCGGGGAGAUCGUGCACAACGUGGUGGCCUUGGAGACCAACCCGGGCAGCGGGACCUGCAGCGCCAACUUCAAGAAUGUGAUGCUGAAGAAGAUAAAGCGCUGUGAACGGAAGGGCUCCGAAUCGGUGACGGAAGAGAAAUGCGCCGUUCUGUUCAGCUGCACCGCGGGGCUGAGCCCCAGUGGGACCACCGUGAGGCUGCAGGUCCUGUCCCUCCCCAUCGUGGUCAUCGUCCACGGGAACCAGGACAACAAUGCCAAGGCGACGGUGCUGUGGGAUAAUGCCUUCUCUGAGAUCGAGAGGGUGCCCUUCGUGGUGGCCGAGCGCGUCCCCUGGGAGAAGAUGUGCGAGACGCUGAACCUGAAGUUCAUGGCGGAGGUGCAGACCACCAAAGGGCUCUUGAAGGAGCAUUACUUCUUCCUGGCCCAGAAAAUCUUCAACGACCACAGCGCCACUCCGGAGGACUUCCAGAGCCGCAGCGUCUCCUGGGCGCAGUUCAAUAAGGAGAUCCUGCCUGGACGGGGCUUCACCUUCUGGCAGUGGUUCGAUGGAGUCCUGGACCUCACCAAGCGGUGCCUCAAGAGCUACUGGUCAGACCGGCUGAUCAUUGGCUUCAUCAGCAAGCAGUACGUGUGCAAGCUGCUGAGCACGGAGCCUGACGGAACGUUCCUGCUGCGCUUCAGCGAUUCCGAGAUCGGGGGGGUCACCAUCGCUCACGUCAUCCGUGGCAAGGACGGUUCCAGCCAGGUGGAGAACAUUCAGCCUUUCUCUGCUAAGGACCUUUCCAUCCGCUCCCUGGGGGACCGCAUCCGUGAUCUGAGGCAGCUGCGCAACCUCUACCCCAGCACCCCCAAGGAUCAGGCGUUCGGAUGCCACUACAACAAGGAGCAGACAGGGAAGGACGGACGGGGCUACGUCUCCACCGCCAUCAAAAUGACAGUGGAAAGCGAGAGGGACCAUCCGCCCCAGAGCACUGCGGGGGGGGGUCCCGAGGCUGUCCAGCCCCCCCUGUUCGCCCUCCCCAUGCUACAGCCCGAGCUGCAGCCCAAGAACCUGCUGAGCUCCACCUGCCCAUGGGCAGUUACCCCCCAGGUGAGAGCAGCAUCAGCACAAUGGUCACCGAAGGCCUCCACUCCUCCUUCCCCAGCCCAGGGCCAGUGCUCUCCUCACCCCCUCUGGUGAUGGACCCUGCCAUGCCCCGCUGCCAUGACCCUUUCCGGAACCCCAUGAGCUUUCUACCCAACCAGUUUCUGCCUGGGGAAGGUCCCCCCCGGGUGGAGGGUCCCCACCAGCUGAUACCCGGGGGUCCUUCCCCUGAACCCCGAGAUGAGGAGAUGCCAGAGC